CUAACCUGCUCACCCUGAUAACAACUAACCUGCUCACCCUGAUAACAACUAACCUGCUGACCCUGAUAACAACUAACCUGCUGACCCUGUUAACAACUAACCUGCUGACCCUGUUAACAACUAACCUGCUCACCCUGAUAACAACUAACCUGCUGACCCUGAUAACAACUAACCUGCUCACCCUGAUAACAACUAACCUGCUGACCCUGUUAACAACUAACCUGCUGACCCUGUUAACAACUAACCUGCUGACCCUGUUAACAACUAACCUGCUGACCCUGAUAACAACUAACCUGCUGACCCCUGAUAACAACUAACCUGCUGACCCCGGAUAACAACUAACCUGCUCACCCUGAUAACAACUAACCUGCUGACCCCGGAUAGCAACUAACCUGCUCACCCUGAUAACAACUAACCUGCUGACCCUGUUAACAACUAACCACCUGACCCUGUUAACAACUAACCUGCUGACCCUGAUAACAACUAACCUGCUGACCCUGAUAACAACUAACCUGCUGACCCUGAUAACAACUAACCUGCUGACCCUGAUAACUAACCUGCUGACCCUGAUAACAACUAACCUGCUGACCCUGAUAACUAACCAGCUGACCUUGAUAACUAACCUGCUGACCCUGAUAACUAACCUUCUGACCCUGAUAACUAACCUGCUGACCCUGAUAACAACUAACCUGCUGACCCUGAUAACAACUAACCUUCUGACCCUGAUAACUAACCUGCUGACCUUAACACCGUUAAUUAACAGGGUAUUUGUGUACAAAUGGAGGAUAGGUAAUGAAUGCACCUUUAAAUAUCAAAAUGAUGUCCCUCCCCAAAUGUGCGCAAAUGUAAUUAAAAUAACCAGCAGCGGUUGCCUUCUUUGAAGAAGCGGAAUCUUUAUGCCUUUAUUGCGACUUUGUUAAUUAACACUAAACUUAAAUUGAGUGUCGUUGCAUUGUUACAAUGUUGCACAUUGCUCACUAGAUGGCACUAUAACAAAGUCGAUAGAGAAACUGAAUGAGUCUUCUGACAUAAUUUAUUAUAGCAGUUUUGUUAAGUAGGCAAUGCAACUUCUUAACUUCUACGACAGCAAAUUAGAAUGCACGAGGUUUUGAAUUCUUUACAAAAGUAGGGGCAACUGCAUUUUUCCAGUACGCAUGAUUUUGUAUCCUUUCAGAAAGCAGGAAGCAGCACGCUGUUAAUCGCAGUCAGACAGAUAACAGCAUUUCCUGGGAAGGACAAUUCAACUGCAUUGUUUACAAAGGUGUUUUGAUUGUGUCUUUCGGUGGCUACAAAUUCAUUCAAACGAAUGUCAGUGACUUUGGCCCGUGAUCUUGGAUUACCGAUGGACCAACAGCACAAAUCCCAUGCUUAGAUGUGAUUCCACCACUGUGAGCCUGAUGUACAGAGGAGGAAGGACCGGUUCUGAUGGCAGACCAUCUUCCCUCAGGGCUACUGGAAGCAUGUGUUGUUGUCGGAGCCUCUGGGGAUAAACUCAAGGAUGUCUACCAGUCUCUACAGCAGGGCAACAGCACAACAGACCUCCUUAUUUUAGACCCAGAGGUCUUGCAAGUCCACGUACCUCCGUUUGUGACCAAAGAGAAUGCAGAUGAGUCUGGUGUCCCCAGAACCUUCAGUCGAGUCCAGUGCAGACGCUCCUUCAUCAAGAAGAAGGAGAGGAUAGUGGUGGCUCCUAGUGGCCCUGGAGGGGCCGGGAGCAGUGAGGGGGCCACUGUCACGGAGGAUGUCAGCGUCCCCAAGGACAUCGACCUCAUGGCCUUGCCCCAACUCUGCUUUCCAGGGGGGCUUCAAGUAACAAAUGAACCAAAAGAAGAGCGUUUUCACUUUCUAGUCUUCACGGAUGUGUUCGGUAACCAAACCCAUGGAGUGGUUGUUCAGUGUUGUAGACCAUUUCAGGAAGGGUCAGUGUUCUAUCAGAAUGGACACUGGUCGUCCACCAGGACCACUAAGCUCUACACUGCUUUUGCCAUCUGUGUCAUAUCCAAGCAUCCUUAUUACAAUGCUCUGAAGGACUGUCUGUCUUGUUUGCUGGUGCAGCUUAGAUCAUGCAGGUUGUCUGAAGAGAGGGUGAAGGACUUCGCAGCCAAACUGUCUCUAGUGCCCAUUCCACCCCCUGGACAACUACAUGUGGUGUUCAACCUGAGACCCCUGAUGAUCGUACUGCCUUCCAGAGAGGAUAAGGAACACCCCGCUGUAGACCUGGACCUCCAUUUGCCCUUCCUGUGCUUUAGAUCCAAACAGAUUUUACAGAUCAUCACUGGUAUUCUGAUGGAGCAGAGGGUAGUGUUCUUCUCAGCUGACUGGGCCCGCCUCACCCUGGUGGCAGAGUGUUUCAUGUUCUACAUCCACCCCCUCCACUGGCAGCAUCCCUACGUGCCCAUCCUCUCAGCCCAGAUGCUGGACUUCGUCAUGGCCCCCACCGCCUUCCUCAUGGGCUGCCACCUCAACCACUUUGAGGAGGUCGCUGCGGAAACAGACGACCUGAUCUUGAUUAAUAUUGAUGAUGGAACAGUGUCUUCUUCCUGCUCAGAGACUGUCGACCUACCAGACGUCCCCUUCGUUUCUGCAGAGUGUUUUUCCAAGCGGAGGAAGGGCCUCCAGCUACAACAUGAUCUAGAGGUGUGUCACCAAGGGGCCGGCACAGACGUUAAUGAGAUGCGCAUGCUGAGGAGACAAUGGCAGCAGAACCUGAACUGGGAGAUACAGAAUGUUACCUUGGAGCUCAUUGUCAACAUGUUCAGGGAUGUCAGUGGUCACCUGAACUAUGAACACCGAGUGUUUAACAGUGAAGAGUUCCUGAAGACCAGAGAGCUAGCUGACCUUCCCUUUUACAGAAAGGUCUUGGAGACACACAUCUUUCAUUCAUUCCUGAAGGACCGCCUCAAUAGGAAGAUGGAUGCUUUCACGCGCAUGGAAGUCAACACUCGCUCAGAGACACAGAAAAUGAAGGCGAUGACAGACAACCCCAGGAGGCCCACCAUGCAGGAAAUGGCCAGGAAGUAUAGCAGCGACCCAGAGAUCCGUCUGAACAAGAGGCUGGGGAUGAGCCUCCCCAACCUGGGAGAGGAGCGCCAUCUCAACCUCCUCAGACAAACCUCCCUCAAGAAGACCAUUAUUCCUGAAAGUGCCUUCAAGAUCCCGCCCAAGCCUGUGAAGAUCUUCAAGCUGCCAGAAUUUCCUCCUCCCAUGGUGCACCACCAUGUCCAGAACUACUAUGGAGAGUUGAUCAUACUACUGGGGAAGGCCAUCUCCUGUGUUCCUCCUGAGAACUCCACCCUCCUGGCCAGGUACUUCUACCUGCGCGGCUUCAUGAACACGCUGUGUUCCAAGCGUCUUGACGCCCUCAGCGACUUCCAGAACCUCUACAAGACGGACAUCGAGAUCUUCCCCACCGACCUGGUAAAGGCGCUAGUGGACUCGCUGCAGAAGGACGAGUUCUCCCAGGUGGACCGGCGGCCAGAGCUCAAGCGGCUCAUCUUCAAGGUGAAGACAGACAACGAGAUGGUGCUGGUCCAAGCUGACGACCACGUGAAGAAGUUCCAGCUCCCUAAGACCCACAUGCUGCAGGAGGACUUUGUGAAGCGCAUCCAGGAGUCUGGGAUUGUGAAAGACGUCGCCACCAUCCAUAGGCUGUUUGAGGCCCUCACUGUGGGUAAGUUGAGACUUACCAUCCAUAGACUGUUUGAGGCCCUCACUGUGGGGCAACAGAAGCAGAUUGACCCAGAGGUGUUCCGUGUGUUCUACACCUUCUGGAAGGAGACUGAGGUGGAGGCCCAGGAUGUUCACCUGCCAGCUGAGGUCAUGGAGCACCUGGACAACAACGAGUCUGUCUACAAGCUGUCCUGCUCUGUCAAAACCAACCAGGGAGUGGGUAAGAUCGCCAUGACACAGAAGAGGCUCUUCCUACUCACUGACGGGAGGCCUGGGUUUAUCGAGAUCACCAAGUUCAGAGACAUAAAGGAGGUGAAAAUCUCCUUUGCUCCUUUCCUGCUGCUGAGGAUCCCGUCUCUGAAGAUCAAGUGCAGUCUGAGGAAGGAGGUGUUUGAGGCCAACCUGAAGUCUGCGUGUGACCUGUGGAAUCUCAUGGUCAGAGAGAUGUGGGCUGGGAGGACGAUGGCAGACGACCACAAGGAUCCUCAGUACAUGCAGCAGGCUUUGACUAACGUCUUGCUCAUGGAUGCUGUGGUUGGCUGCCUUCAGACCCAGAAGGCCAUAUUUGCCGCCUCCAAACUGGCAUACUUUGACAGAGUGAAACAUGAAGCAGUUCCUGUGAUGGUUCCAAAGACAACAUUGGAGACGUUGAAACACAAGAUCAAUCCAUCACUAGACCUCCCAGCCCCACAGACUGUACAUGUCUUACUCUACACACCAGGCCAGUUGAGUUACUCUGAGGCAGACGGAGAUGGGAACCCAAAGCUGUGGUGUGCCCUCAGUGGUGGGAGGGUGGUUGUGUUUGAUGCAGCCAGCUGGUCCAUGCAGCAGAACUGUGUUCAAGUGGGAUCCUCCCAACUGAACUGCAUGCUGGGAUUGGACCAGGAUCAAGUAUGGAUUGGCUCCCAGGAUUCCAUCAUUUACAUAAUUGACACUUGCAGCAUGUCCUGCAAUAAGCAGCUGACAGAGCACAGGCAUGAGGUUAUGGACUUUGCCCUGGAGGAGAGUGACAAGAUGAGACAGACAUACUCCUGUAGUGCCGAUGGAACAGUCAUUCUGUGGGACCUCUCAACGCUAAAAGUGAAAAAGCAGUUUCAACUGACCUGUGAUGGGCUUAUGUCCAUUCAGCUCUUCAAUGGAACACUGUGGUGCUGUGCCAGAGACGGCAUCGUUGAACUGAGGAAGAACGGAACCCCACAUCGUAAGAUGACACUUCCUGAGGAUCUACGGAGCAUGCCCACUGAGUUCAGCAGCCUCAUCCUCUUCUUAGAGAGGGGCCAGUUGUGGACGAGCUGUUCUGAUUCUGACGAGCUCUGUCUCUGGCACUGUAAAGACCUGACCAAGCCUUUCCUGAGGGUGCGGCUGCAGAACUGUACAGGGGUCAACUGUAUGAUCAAGGUUAAGAAUCAGAUCUGGGUUGGCUGCAGCGGGCCGAGCCCUGACCAGUGCAGGAUGAGUGGGAAGAUCUACAUAGUGGACACAGAGAGCCACAGUGUAGAGAAGGAGCUGAUGAUGGCCCACACAGACCGUGUCCAGGCACUGUGCUCUGCAGAGGGCCGCUAUGUACUCAGUGGCUCCGCCUGCCAGGAUGGCAAAAUCGCCAUUUGGAAGGUUGAGUAGAGGACGAGUAGCCUGGUCCAGUAUCUGUUUGUGUGGUUUUGACAACUCUUUUAAGUGAAUAAAAUGUUUGGCACAACAACGACAGGAGUUUCCUAAACAGCAGAAAUAGAUGUGGGACCAGGUUAGAGGAAGAGCCCUGCAGACCCCGAGGAGUCCUACAGGUCUGAAGAGACUAUAGCCCCCUCAAACUCAACUCUGGACCUGGAAGCCAGUUCCAAUGCUUUGUUCAUUGUUCCCCUCUAGUCAGGGACUGAUUUAGACCUGGGACUCCAGGUGGGUGAUUCCCCUCUAAUCAGGGACUGAUUUAGACCUGGGACACCAGGUGGGUGAUUCCCCUCUAAUCAGGGACUGAUUUAGACCUGGGACUCCAGGUGGGUGAUUCCCCUCUAAUCAGGGACUGAUUUAGACCUGGGACUCCAGGUGGGUGAUUCCCCUCUAAUCAGGGACUGAUUUAGACAUGGGACUCCAGGUGGGUGAUUCCCCUCUAAUCAGGGACUGAUUUAAACCUGGGACACCAGGUGGGUGAUUCCCCUCUAAUCAGGGACUGAUUUAAACCUGGGACACCAGGUGGGUGAUUCCCCUCUAAUCAGGGACUGAUUUAGACCUGGGACUCCAGGUGGGUGAUUCCCCUCUAAUCAGGGACUGAUUUAGACCUGGGACUCCAGGUGGUUGCAAUGAAUUAGCAGGUAGAACAGAAAAGCAGCAGGCUCCGGACCUCGUAGGGUCAGAGUUGAAUGUCCCUGCUAUAGACUAUAAAUUGUUCUUAUUUUCCCUGAACACCUCAGAGAGAAGGUGAGCUUCUAAAUGUUUUUUCAAAGCUUUGUUCUAAAAUGUGCUUUUCCUGGAUUAAAGACUCAAGGUUGGCCAUUUUGUU